CCGAUCCUCUCGACCGGCCUGUUAACGUCCGCCUCAUAACGUACUCCAGCAUCCUUCUUCUUCCCCGCCGCUCUCUCUCUCUCUCUCUGUGUGUGAUGGCAGCUGAUGUCUCCAUCUCUUCCGUGUUCUUCUCUCUUUUCUCGACUCGGAGGUUGAAUUUAAGCUCUCUUUCUGAGAUUUUUUUUUUCCCCCUCCAUCUGAAUCUGGGAAAUAUGAAUUAAAGUGGAAAGAUUUCUUUUGGGAAAUAUAAGUUAAUGCGGAAAGAUUUCUUGAGGAAAUACCAGUGAAAGUGGAAAGGAAUCAGAUGGAGGACGGCCUUGGGUGAUUUAUGGAACUGAGGUUGGUUUUUAUGAGUGCAGAAUAAGUCGAAGGUCACUGGAUUCUUUUGUUGCUAUUGGUCUGAAUCGAAUUUUUGGUUGGACUCUUGUUUGGAGAAUGGCUUCUAUGACUCGUAUUGAUGGAGUGAGGUCGGCGGCUUUUAUAUGUGCUUUUCUUUUUCUUCUGGUGGAAUUGGCAUAUGGGAGUUUGGUCUUGUUUGGCAGGAACAUGUCCAAAUCUUUUGAUGACAUCGAGGCUGACUUCGCUCCAGUUGUAAGAGGAUCUGGUGAAAGUGGUGGCAUAUACCUAGCUGAGCCCCUUGAUGCAUGUACUCAAUUGAAUAAUAAAGUAAUCAAUGAUUCAAGUUCGUCAUUUGCACUAAUCAUAAGAGGAGGAUGUCAUUUUGAUGAAAAAGUUAGAAAUGCACAGAAUGCUGGAUUUAAAGCUGCUGUUAUAUACAAUAAUGAAGAUUAUGGUCCAGUAUCUGCAAUAAGAGGAAUCCCGGAUGGCAUCACUAUACCGGCUGUCUUUAUAUCUAAAGCAUCUGGUGAGGCACUUAGAGAAUAUGCAGGUGACACAGACAUGGAGUUAUGGAUCUUACCAAGAAUUAAGAUCUCAGAAUGGUCUAUUUUGGCCUUCUGUUGCAUAUCUUUUCUUGUCAUGUCUGCUGGUGUGCUUGCUCCAUGUUUUUUUGUGCGUAGACAGUAUGGUGGACAUGAAGGGCCUAGAGCUUCUCAAAUCUAUGGGAUGAGCAGUCGACUGGUGGAAGCAAUUCCAAGUCUCAUAUUCACGUCAGCAUCAGAAGACAAUUGCACAUCACAAACAUGUGCUAUUUGCCUAGAGGACUACAAAGUGGGGGAGAAGCUUCGUGUGCUGCCAUGUCAUCACAAGUUUCAUGCUGUUUGUGUUGAUUCUUGGCUCACCACAUGGAGAACUUUUUGCCCUGUGUGCAAGCAAGAUGUUAACUCAAGCACAAUCUACAUUCCAGCCUCUGAGUCUACUCCACUACUUUCUUCUCUCUCUUCAUUUGCCUCUUCCUCUGCUGGAUCUUUAGCAGCGUUUCCCCCUAACUGUGCAAUUUGACAUGGUACAUUCUUGUUGAUUAGUUUGAGCUAUAGGUACUGAUGUUGGGAUAGGUGAAUGACGCCCAAAACUCAUUUUUGGUUAGCUAUCUAUCUGUGGUGGAGCUCAGGCCCAGAGAGCAACUCUGUCACGAACGAUUUGGCAUUUAACUCAGUGAAUACCUAACAAGUUCUUGCAUAUAAUAUGUCAA